GCGAAGUAGCUUGGCAGUCGGGGAAUCCCGGGGGGCUUGCAUGGGAAUGCAAGGGAGGGAAGCAGAUGCAAACAGAUCCCCAGGAUAAAAUCCAGCCUUGUCCGUCAAGCAUAUUGAGAGGAAUCGAGUUGGGAUCCGGUUGUGCUCCAGUGUAAACCAGCAAAACAAAAUGGCCCGUGGCUGUCCCAAGUGUCCCUGGUGCCUACAUCUUCAUUCACGGCUAGUUUGUUUUCAGAUGGAAAAAAAGAGAAUAGCUGCUGGGGGGGUCUUCAUUCCCAAGGCAACUGUGCUCGUGCCUUUGUCGUGCUCUGCAGAGCGUUGCCAACAUGAAGCGUGAUUAAAGAGGAUGUGUGAAAUGUACCAAGAUUACCCGCUCACCUCAGGUAGUCAGGAGAAGCCCAGUGGAGAUGCUGAGAUUUUCAUGUGAAUUAUAUGCUUGUCUGGAGACUGCUGUACCUAUACUUUUGUCAUGACCAAUGAAGACUCACUGGCCUUGUGAAGCUAAGCCGUGGCCUCUUUGCACUGUAUUUGCCGUGGGAAUUAAAGCAAGGAGGUAUUUCGGCUGUGUUGGAAGCUUCAUUUGUGCACAGAGAGAAAAUGGAUUAGUGGUUGGCUAAUCCAGGCUAAACAACUCGAUAAUACCACUCCGGAGUUACUCUAAAGGACUCUUUAAUUUCAAUGGGACUUCUGUCAAAUAAAUUAGGCAGGAUGUUAGCCGGUGAAUUGGGGAGGGGAGCAGGAAAAGGCCCACAAGCCAUCCAGUCUGGGAGGGACAGCAAGUUAUUGGAAAGAACUGUGCAGAAGGUCCUGGCUGAGGAUACCACCAGGUCAGAUGUCCAGCGGUGGAGAUUUAGGCAGUUCCGCUACCAGGAAGUUGCGGGGCCCCGAGAAAUGUGCAGCCAACUCCGUGAUCUUUGCCUUCAAUGGCUGAAGCCAGAGAGACAUACCAAAAGUGAGAUCCUGGACCUCGUGAUCUUGGAGCAGUUCCUGGCCAUCCUGCCCCCAGAAAUGGAGAGCUGGGUCCGAGAAUGUGGAGCAGAGACCAGUUCGCAGGCAGUGGCCCUGGCAGAAGGUUUCCUCCUGAGCCAGGCUGAGGCUGAGAGAGAGGAUGAGCAGAGCCCAGAGCAGUCUACACAGUUAUGUUUAUCCUCACAACAGCCCUGUGUGGCCCAGAGGAUGUUGGCCAAAGUGUUCACUGAUUUCCUUAAGGCAGAGAAGGCUCCAUUGAACACCAUAGUGUUCAGAGGGCUCAUGCAGGAGGAUGAGGGAGGCACCGCCCCACUGGGCAGUGAAAUUAAACUGGAAGUUCCUUCUAGGCUGCCUCCUCCCCUUGGUGAUGGAGUGGAAAUGGGUGCUGUGCAGUCACCUGAUCAGGGUCUGGUGACCUUUGAGGAUGUGGCUGUGUAUUUCUCAGAGGAGGAGUGGGCUCUCCUGGAUCCAGGCCAAAGGGCUCUGCACAAAGAAGUCAUGGAAGAGAAUUCCAGGAAUCUGACCUCACUGGGAGGAUUUGCAGUUUCCAAGCUCACCUCUUGCCUGGAAGACAGGAAAGAUCCAUAUGCCAAAAUCUCCAAGGAAGGAGAGAGAUCAAAAGGUGAUAGGAAGGAGAAUGAGAGAGAGGGUGCACCACCGCGAUGGAAAACGGAAGGAAGCCAGGAGAGGGAGAGGAAUGUCAUUGCUUCUGAAGGGACAGAUGUCCAUGUGAUCCAAGGAGAAUGUCAUAAGGGAGACAAGAGGAAUAAAAUUCCUCUGUGUGUACAGAUCUUAACUAGUAAAUUUCAGCUUAGCACACACCAAAGAAUUCACAGAGGAAGGCUAUCCUACAUGUGCUCAGAGUGUGGAAAGAGCUUCCAUCGCAUUGAUAAUUUUGUUUUCCAUCAAAAACUCCACACAGGAGAGAAACCGUAUCAGUGUAUGGUGUGUGGAAAGAGAUUCAGCCACAGGUCGACCUUUAAUUGUCAUCAAAGAAUCCACACAGGGGAGAAACCAUAUACGUGCUCAGAGUGUGGAAAGAGCUUUAUUCGCAUUGAUAACCUUACUAUCCAUCAAAGAAUCCACACAGGUGAGAAACCAUAUGCAUGUUCAGAGUGCGGGAAGAGUUUCAUUCGCAUUCAGAACCUUACAACCCAUGAAAGAAUCCACACAGGGGAGAAACCAUAUACAUGUUCAGAGUGUGGAAAGAGCUUCAGUCAGAGCACACAUCUUACUCGCCAUCAAAGAGUUCACUCAAGAGAGAAACUAUAUCAGUGCUUGGAGUGUGGAAACAGCUUCAGUAAUGUCAUUAAACUUAUUUCCCAUGAAAGAAUCCACACAGGAGUGAAACCAUAUCAAUGCUCAGAGUGUGGAAAGAGCUUCAGUCGUAGCACACACCUUACAUGCCAUCAAAGGGUCCACACAGGAGAGAAACCAUAUCAAUGCUUGGAAUGCGGGAAAAGCUUCAGGCAAAGUGCAAGCCUCACAUCACAUCAAAGAAUCCACACCGGAGAGAAACCAUAUUCAUGCUCAGAGUGUGGAAAGAGCUUUAGUCGCAGUACAAGCCUAACAUCACAUCAAAUAAUACAUACAGGAGUGAAACCAUUUCAAUGCUUGGAGUGUGGAAAGAGCUUCAGUCACAGUUCAAGCCUUAAUGAUCAUCAAAGAAUCCACACAGGAGAGAAACCAUAUUUGUGCUCAGAAUGUGGAAAGAGCUUCAGUCGCAGUACACACCUUUCUUGCCAUCAACGAAUCCAUACAAGGGAGAAACCACACACUUGCUCAGAAUGUGGAAAGAGCUUCAGCCAAAGGAUAACCCUUAUUCGCCAUCAAAGAGUACACACAAAAGAGCCUCCUGAAUCACAGAAACAUUUAGAAUGUUGAAAGACCUUGGAGUGUUGCACAGAUCUAGGGAUUGCCAGAGCGCUGUUUUUCCGUUCCAUGGGUACUUUGCCCAUUUCCCAGUGUUCUCUUACAUCUACAUGAAACCUGUGGGGGAAGUCAUCUUUGUCAGGGGGCUGUCACCAGUAUGUGAAUUGCAUAUAUCUGUGCCAUCUGCAGCUGGAGAUGCAGUUGACAGCUAACAUACAGCACAACAUACAGCACUGUCUUGCUGCACUGGGGCAAUGCAGCAAGUCAGUAGCCUAACACAACUUCCCAACAGGUGCAGUGGAGAAGUGGCCAUUUUUGAUGCCCUCACCUUCCCUAAGCAACCCUCUGUUCCACCCGAAAUAUAUCCCUGAGGGUUGUGCAGCCCUCGGGGACAUUUUUUUCAGGUGGCACAUAGGCCUUACUGGGGAAGGGCAUCAAAUAGCCACUUCCUUGCUGCACCAGUGUGGUUUUGGGGGAAAUUCCAUUGGGCUGCUCUCUCGCUGCACCAGCACAUCCUUGUCCAGUAUGUCAACCGACCUUUUAAACUUGGUGUUUAGAAUGUUAUUUCAGCUAACAAGCUGAAAUUAAAUGUGAGCGAGACAGGUUGUUCUGGUCAGAACGACUGCUGAUCUGGUGAUAGUUUAUCAGCCUGUUAAAGAUGGGGUUGCACUCCUCUUGAAGAAGUAGGUUUGCAGCUUGGUGAUGCUCCUGGGUGUGGCUUUGCACCUGGAUGCUCAUGUGUCUGCUGUGGCCUGGAGGACUUUUGCUCUGCUUUGACUGGUGUGCCAGGUACACUGUUUCUGUCUGUUGGAUCUGGCCGUGGUCAUCCAUGCCCUUGCUGCAUCUUGAAUGGAUUGCUGUAAUGGGCUCUAUGUGGGGCUGCUCUUUUUUGGAAAAUUUAACUGGCCUAGAACAGUCUUCCUUCUAACAGGGAUUCCCAGAUGUCGCUGACUACAACGCCUAUAAUCCCCAAGCAAGAGCCACUGCAGCUGGAGAUUCUGGGAGUUGUCGUCAACAACAUCUGGGAACCCCUGUUAGAGGGAAGACUGGUCUAGAAUGCAGCCACAGGAGUCUUGACUGGCUCAUGGACCAGUUUGUUUCCAGGUGCAAUUCAAGGUGCUGAUUUUGACUUUUUAAAAGCCCCGAAUGGCUUUGGGCCAGGGUGCCUGAAAGACCCUCUCUCCCCAUAUGAAUCAACCUUGCUGAUAAAACUUGCACCAGAGCUGCAGGUCUCAGGGAUUCAUCCGGCAGCCACACAGGACAGGACCUUCUCUGUGGUGGCCACCUCCUGGUGGAAUUCCCUCCCUCAGUAGCUCCAACUUGCCCCUAGCACCGGACAUUCUGAACACACUUGUUUUGUUCUGGCAGGCUUUCGCUAGUGCUGCUCCCUGAGAAUCAGAUAUUUCAGUAGGUACUUGAAAUGGCCGGGGCCUAGGCCCACAGGGGCUGGUUCAGGACCACAGCUUCUUCCUAUUUUGAUGGCUAAAUCUUGUCACACUCUCUUCUAGAAACCAACACUCUCUCCUCCAAUUUUUGAAGCUGUUAAUCACCAUUAAAUCCUUGUUAUUAGGGAUGUGCAUGGAAGCGGUUAGAACGGUGGAUAGUUCUGCUGCUUCAACGGCAGGAGGGUGCAGCUUUAAGGCCGGGGGAGGAUGCACUUCCCCCGCCUGCCCUCCAGACAGACAGCGCCCGGUUUCUUAAACAUCCAUUGGGGCAGCAGCAUACCUCCCUGCUGCCCCCUUCGCUACAUU